AUGGAGCUGCAAACACGUAUAGACGAAUGGAGAUGCAUAAUCACCCUUUUCCGAGAUGACAACAAUAGUGCUAUGGAAAAAUCGAACACUAAACAGUUGUCGAUAACACAAUAUGUGCGCGAUCGAGAAUUAGGCAUACGAGGUAUGCGUAAGCAACGUUUCGUCAGACAAGCCGAGGUUAAUAUGUACGAGAAUGGGAGUGGCACAACGGCGACGGAGGCAGCGGCGACGGAGGCAGGCUGUGACAGGGGCAGCGGCGGCGGAGGCAGCGGCGACGGAGGGCAGCGGCGGCCGGGGAGCAGCGGCGGCGGAGGCAGCGGCGACGGAGGCAGCGCGGCAGGGGCAGCGGCGACGGAGGCUGCGGUGGCGGGGACAGCUGCGACGGGGGCAGCGGCGACGGAGAUAGCUUCGGGAAUAGAGGAGGCGAAGGAGGCGUAA